AGUCGCCUCAUCACCGCUACCAUGGGUAUCUUCGACUACGUCUCCGACCUCUACUCGUCUCUGUCCGUCCAGUCAUGCGAGGCUGAAGUUCAGGACGACCUCAAGUACGCCUCGGGCGACUUCAACUCGUCCAAGGACCAACAGAACGGCAUGGGCACGGCUGAGCAAACCCGUGGCGCCACCACCAGGGGCGGUGUCAGUCUCGACACCCCUGCCUCGGGCACCGACGAGGAGAGCGCCUCCGAGGCCGAGGCCAACAAGCAGGACGCCAAGAAGCCCGAGCCCUCGAACGAGAAGGGUCACGUCGCCGGUGACGGCGGUGCUGCUUCCGGCCAGGUCGGCGCCAACAACGCUGGNUCCCCACGGACGACGAUGAGGAUGCCGAGGAAGAGGAGGACGAGGAUGAGGACGAGGAGGAUGAGCCCGAGGACCCCAAAGCCCAAGAUUGAGGAAGAGUGCGCCAGAUCAUCCGAGUGCGCCCCCUACAAGCACCACUACGACCACUGCGUCGAGCGCGUCACCAAGCAGCAGGAGGAGAACGGCAAGGCCGACGAGAACUGUGUUGAGGANAUUCUUCCACCUCGCCCACUGCGCAACCGCAUGCGCCGCCCCCAAGCUGUUCAAGCAGCUCCGAUAAACGACACGCGCGCCCACAGGCCUCAGUCAAGCAAGUCGACUCUCCUUUGGUGGAAGCGAUGA